GGCCGAUAGCAGAAGCUUUUUUCUGUCAUUUCUCCACAUUUUCAUGCUUGUUGGCCUUCUAAUACUCCAGAUUUGUGGCCAGCAUCAUAACACCAUCCUGAAGACGGUGUCCAUUGAAGAUGACUUGUUCUUCCAAAUAUUAGAGCCAGAAUCUCUCAGAUAUCUCUACCGGGUCCGUCCAGCCAAAAACUUUGGCGGCUCAUUUCAUAAAAGUCUCCACCGUAUACCAUUGGUUCCUACAGUGCCGGAACACGGAUGCAGCCCCAUCUCAAAUGGGAUUUUAAUAAAAGAUAACGUGGCACUUGUACUCAGAGGCGGCUGCUCUUUUGUAACUAAAACAUUAAACGCAGAGGCUGCUGGUGCUGUUGCUGUGAUAAUAACAGACAAAGAUGUCCACGAAGAUAAAAGUAUGAUAGAUAUGAUAGAGGAUGGCACAUCGAGACAGACCACCAUUCCGUCCUUAUUUAUGGUGGGGAAAAAUGGGUGGAUGAUCCGUCAAAAGUUAGAUGAGGUGGGAGUGCCUAAUGCCAUCAUCGAUAUCCCAGUUAACGUCACCUUCAUACCCAAUUAUGCGCUCAAUCAACCACCGUGGACUUUCUGGUGAAAUUGAACCGAUACUGUCUAGUACUGUAUACUGCGAAAUUUCAUAGGUUUUUAUUUUCCUAAAAAGGAUAAAAAAAAUUUCGAUUUUUGUUGAGGCAGAUUAAAAGUUCCUUUUCCAUUUCUCAAAUAAUGGAGAAAAAAAUUGAUAUUUUUCUUUUUUGCCAAAUCCAGGAAAUGAUAUAUAAUAAAAUGCCUGCAAAGAUUUAGUCGUUUACAGUAUCACUACAUGUAACAGUAGACUUUUUUUAUCUUGUUAAGUUGAUUUCUUAUAACCAAAGGCAUUUGCAUUGUUUUCUUUGAACCAUUUCAAUUUACCAUUAUCGGGUAGUAAUAUAAGUCGUAGUUCCACCUAUCAUAAAACCCCGUGUCUUCGCCGUGUGUCAAAAAACCCGGGGCGCACUUAUACCUAUCAGUGGUGUUAGAUAAUGGUUAAUAGCCCCGGCGACAGGUGCGCUGUAGGUAGGGAGCUCUCCUGUGUUUCUUUUCCGUUGGAGGGGAAUUUCACGUGCGCAAUACCGAGGCAACUACACCGCGCCAUCUGUCGCCGGGUCUUAGAACUUGCAAUUGCUGGGGCUAUUCAGAUUCCUAUCAAAAAACCCGUGUUGAACACGGGUCUAAAUUAGCCCCCGAUUAGCCCCAUCGAGCUCGAUGGGGCUAAUAGACACGGGGAUUUGACACACGGGUCUAUUUAGACACGGCAAUUCAUAGGUGUAAGCGCAAAUGACACGGGGAUUUGAUAGGUGGAAGUACGACUAUAGUAUCAGUUUUCAGAGUACUGAAGCCAGGGAAAGCUACACUGUUCAAGAUAUUUGAAAUUCAAGUUUGAUUGAGUUUUCAGUUGAAUGUAUACACAUUUGAUAUAAAUUUCAAUACAUGUUGGUUAUUUCGUCGAUGAUUUCGCAAAGUGACACGUCAGGAUAUUAUACAGAGGCAAUGUUUAUUUCUAUUUUCAUAUGCAUAAACGGCAUAGACCUUUGAAGAAAAUCUUGCUUAAUUUUCCAUCUAUAUAGAGGCAUCUUCAGUUUGUGUCUCACCAAAAACACAGCCAAUUCUUUAAAAAUCCCCCAAAAAUUACAGCUACAUGUACAAAUCUUCAGUUCGAGACAUGACCAUCAGGAAUGUUUCUCUGCAUGAUUUUAAACAAAAAAUCCAAUGCUGUUGUAAAAGUGUAUUGUUAAGUUUAUGACAAUUUGUUUGAGGACUUAAUUAAGAGACUUGACUCUUGCACCAGGCCAAACCGCCAAAUUCUUCUGUCAUUCAAUCUUACUAAAUCUAACCACCUUGGUGUGUAGAUGCUUUUGUCCGGGAGUUGAGCGACUUUUAUUUAACAUGCAAGCUACAAAUGAUUUUCAAGAAUGUGUUGAGGGAUAGAGUACGCCUACCACCCAUAGAACCCAAUUCUUAAGUUUUUCCAGCUCUGUACAGAAGCACAAGCAUCAUUGUACACGUAAAUCUUGAACGGUUGGAUUUAGACCCUAUAAAUGUAUUACCAACAGAUAAAAACAUGGUGCCUCUGAGUGAGAUAAGCAUGUUUUUAUUUGUUUUUAAGUGGCAAUGUGGUUGGAAAAUGACUUUUUUUAUGUAUUUUGGCUUGAUUUCCAUAGAAACCAAUUUUAAGUGUCAUAUCCUAUGUACCCGGUAUAACAUAUCAAAAGGAGGCUUUUUAAAACAUGCUUAUCUCACUUGUUCAUCUUAUUGCUUUGGCCUUAAAGAGAAGUCGAUUGGAACUUCACAGCUUUUCAUUUAUUUAGUCACAGAGACUUCUCCAUCAAAAUUACUUAAAAUAUCGUUUUACUCUAUUCAAGACACUUCACACAAGCAGAUUGUAACUGUGAGUUCUUUUUUUUGUUGUUUUUCAAUUUACUUGAUUAUCAACGCCAAAAAAAACAGUCAUUCUGUUUGUAUUUCAUCAUGAUGUACACAAAGAAGUCUUUAUCAAGUUCAUUAUAAGUUGUCCUUGUUGGUGUCUUUUUUGGACAUAAGUUAUUAUUAUGCAUUCACCAUGGUAACCAUUGCUAUG